AUGCUCUCCGCCAGCGGCUGCAUCUUCCUGAGGAGCAAGCCUCAGGCGGCGGCGGCCUCCCAUGUGCGUGGGGGCAUCAUCAUCGGCGGUGGCAGCAGCAGCAGCAGGCCGUUCCUGCUCACCUGCAAUGCUUCCUCGCCGCCGGCGCCGACGCAGGAGGACCCCGACUGCAACGAGGAGGAGUGCGCCCCGGAGAAGGAGGUCGGGAGCCUGAGCGCCGAGUGGCUGGCCGAGGAGAGGACCCAGGUCGUCGGCACUUUCCCUCCCAAGAAGAGAAAGUGGGGCUACGUCGAGAAGGACACCGCCGGCCAGACCAACAUCUACUCCGUCGAGCCGAUGGUGUACGUGGCCGAGAGCGCCAUCAGCUCCGGCACGGCGGGCACGUCGGCGGAGGGCGCCGAGAACACGGCCGCCAUCGCCGCGGGGCUCGUCCUCAUCACCGUCGCCGCGGCCGCGUCCAUCCUCAUCCAGGUGAACAAGAGCCAGCCUCCGGUGCCGCUGAAAGCUGCCUACAACGGCCCGCCGCUCAGCUACUACGUCGCCAAGUUCCAGCCGGCGGUGGCGCAGACCCUCGAGGCCCCCGCCCCCGCCGAGGCGGUAGAGGCAGCAGCACCAGGGGCGACGUCCACUGGCGAGGCCUCUGCGGCUCUGGAGGCGCAGCAGCUGUCGUCGUGA